AUGACGCAUGCAUUUUUUUUCUUGGGGGGGGGGCACAUCAGCAGCUUUGGCAUCAUCAGCGUUUGAAAUAUCUCCAAAUUUUCUCGCGUACGCUAUAUAUUGUUCAUUUUAAACGCCUGCAAUCGGACUCUUCGAUAGCGAACAGUCUGUCUAUCGCAAGAAGCGUCCAAAAUAUUCACUUUUUAAAUCGCAGAAGUAUAAUUAGUCCUGGUCGCCGUGCUAGCUUUUUUGUCUCCGGUUAGCAGCAUAGUAAAUGAGACUGAGCUGCCACACUUUUUAUUUUUAAUCUUUACUUUUAUACAACGCGAAGUAAUCAGAACGGUUUCUGCUCUGUAUAUUACUGAAAAGGUAGUCAGGAUUAAAGACCGAGGAAUUGCAGCAGAAGUUUUUUUCUUGAAUUGAAGUUAGAUGCCGGCCGGUAAAUAGCAGCAACAUUACCGCUGCUAAUCCGACCGAGUUCAGUUUGAGCUGCUUAUUAGCAGUUUAUUGACGUGCUGCUCCGUCGACAGUAACACUGAGAUAACAGCCAGGCCUUGCGACAAAAACGGAAGAACAAACCAACAUCAGCAUGAGUUAUAAGCCAAUAGCUCCUGCCCCUGCUGGAUCCAACCAUACACCUCCAGGAUCUUGUGGAUCUUCUCCAUCUCUGCCCUCCUCUUCCAACUUCAGACCAGCAUUCAGUGACUUUGGCCCACCAUCGAUGGGCUUUGUACAGCCGGUAAAGGUGUCGCAAGGCUCCACCUAUAGUGAACUGCUAUCAGUCAUUGAGGAGAUGAGUCGUGAAAUUCGCCCCACUUAUGCUGGCAGUAAAAGUGCUAUGGAGAGACUCAAGAGAGGAAUCAUCCAUGCCCGUGCUUUAGUGAGGGAGUGUCUAGCUGAAACGGAGCGAAGUGCUCGUACAUAACAUAUGCCUACAAUCUCUUCUUCAGUCUUUUGUCUGUCUAAUGUGUCUUCUCUUUCCCUCGUGCACAAAAAAAGCAUUUCUGUUAAAAAUGCAUAGUUCAGCCCAAGUUCUCCUUGCUGCAUAUGUGCUCCCACCUAAUUAGUGCUUAUUCCUUGUAGCACAAGUUUUUUUGUUUUUUUUUAACUCAACUUUUGCAGUUCUGUAUUUAAAUACAAAAAGAAAUGUCAGGUUUUGCAAUUAAACAUGUAAAAUGUC